UUUUAUACGACAACGGCGCACUCGACACAAAUGACCUUAAAAAAAUGACACUGUUUGGCGACAUCACAUGAAUUUGAGACUCCAGAUCAUCCUAAUGUCCUGUGUGUGUGUGUGUGUGUGUGUGUGUGUCCUGUCCAGACCAGGAUGACGCCUGUCAACACAGCCCACUAUCCAGGUGACCACUGCGGGCCUCCCUCAGAAUAACCCUGCCUCGGCUAUAUGUGGCCUCAGUUAAUCCUUAAGACGGUCUCUCCCUGCUCAUCAGUGAAAGUCCUGCACUGAGACACACACCAGUUUCUCCUCCUGAGAGCGGCGGGGCAACAUGCAGAUUAACCGCACCAGCCCUCAACACAGGACACCAGCGCUUUCGCAGUGAUGCAUCCUCAGGUGCUUUCACCAAGCCAGCUCUGGGACGUUCAGCUGUGAGUGGACGAGAACAAACCACCAUGAGCGCCGACACCGUCUGCAGGGCAGAAAUGGAUUCGGAGCACCACGCCGAACUGGAUGACUUGGUGGCAGCCAUGAAUGUGGCUGCCAACCGUGUGACCCCGCCUAAUGGCUACAGGUCGGGUGCUCCGAGGGCCACCAGCUCUCACAGAGCUCGCCUCUCUGACAGGAAGAUGUCGCUGCAGGAGCGAGGGAGCCGCAUUUCUCGGCAGCCGACCAUUGAGACCAAACGUGUGUCCAUCACAGACGCUGAUGACUGUGUCCAGCUCAACCAGUAUAAGCUGAAGAAUGAGAUUGGAAAGGGUUCAUAUGGAGUGGUGAAAUUAGCUUAUAAUGAAGAUUCUGAACAGUAUUAUGCAAUGAAAGUUGUUUCAAAGAAGAAGCUGAUGAGGCAGUGCGGAUUUUUACGCCGCCUGCCUCCUCAAGGAUCAAACUCCCAGCAGGAUCCGUUCCCUAAGGCCAUGUUGCCCCUGGAGAGAGUCUACAAGGAGAUCGCAAUCCUGAAGAAACUGUACCAUCAUAAUGUGGUGAAACUAGUGGAGGUGCUUGAUGAUCCUGAUGAAGAUGGACUUCACAUGGCCUUCGAAUUGGUGCCGAAAGGACCAGUGAUGGAGGUGCCUACAGACAACCCUUUCACAGAGGAGCAGGCUCGCUUUUACUUUCGAGACAUCGUCCUGGGAAUAGAGUAUUUGCACUACCACAAGAUCAUCCACAGAGACAUUAAACCUUCCAACCUGCUGCUGGGGGACGACGGUCAUGUCAAGAUCGCAGACUUUGGAGUGAGCAACGAGUUUGAGGGGUCAGACGCCCUCCUGUCGAGCACGGCAGGGACGCCGGCCUUCAUGGCCCCUGAGACGAUGACUGAACACGAGCAGAGCUUCAGCGGAAAGGCAUUAGACGUGUGGGCGAUGGGAGUCACACUAUACUGUUUUGUCUUUGGGAAGUGCCCUUUUUAUGAUGAAUAUAUCGUUUCUCUGCACAACAAGAUCAAGAACAAACCUGUGGAGUUUCCAGAAAUGCCACCGAUAAGUACAGAACUGAAGGAGCUCAUUGAAAGGAUGUUGGAUAAAAACCCUGAAACAAGAAUCACCAUCCCUGAAAUUAAGCUCCAUCCGUGGGUGACAGAGAACGGCUCAAAUCCUCUCCCUCUGGAGGAGGAGCACUGCACGGCGGUGGAGGUCACAGAGGAGGAGGUGCAGAACAGCGUAAAACUCAUCCCCAGCCUCUCUACUGUGAUUGUGGUGAAGUCCAUGCUGAGGAAGCGGUCUUUCAGUAAUCCCUUUGAGUGUCAGGUCAGACGGGCAGAGAGGUCCAUGUCUGCCCCUGGAGGUCUUCUUACUGACUCUUGGGGCUUAAUAGGGUCUUCGCCUCAUCUUCAUCCUUCCUUGAGGAAAGUCAGCAACGAGGGGAGCAGAGACGGAGAGCUGGAGGACCUGUACGAAGAUGAUACAUUUACAGAGUGUACGGAUUAAACAGAUGUAUCAUGAACACAGAUUAAAAGAAGAAGAGACCGUUCAUUUUGUACCUUUCUUUACAUCUCUUUCCUAAUUUGUUGCUUUUGCUUCAUACUUGCUACGCUUACAUGCUUGCAUAUUUUCUCACUUUAGUGCAGAAGAUUGUGAUACAGUAAUUUUGUGAUAUACUCAAUAUAGAAAAGACGGGUAGAAACGCACGUAUGCAUUCAAUAAAAGACAUGAUUACACAUGAGA